UAUAAAGAGUUAAUAAAUUGAAUUGCAGAAUGCACAAUACCAAAAUAAAGGAAGGCGAUGAGCGGGAGGAGAUGGAGCUCAAUCAAAUUUGGCGUGCCUGUCGUAAAAUUCAAGGCGCCAUCUUUCGCCAUAACUUUGACAUCUGCGCGGAUAUAAAAAUCCAUGAUCCAGACUGCACCGGCUUCGUUUCGGAGGCAAUAUUCACUUCGGUGCUGGGCAAAUACCGCAAGGUGAGCGGCCUGUCCGAGUUCGAGCUGAGGGACGUCACCGAUUAUUUCCAGAUACGAGAUGGACGCAUCGCCUAUCGACAAUUCUGUAAGGUGGUUUGCGGUGAAAAUCUGCAAAAGAGUUCUGAGAAGGAGCUGGCUAGUGGACUGGAAUGGAAUGAUCCCUGGCAUUUGAAUGUAAUUCCACAGCCGGAGGAACGUCGCAAGCUUUGCUUGAUCUUGCUGAAAAUUGCCAGAGAGAAUCAUUUACCCUUGAUGCCUUACUUUCAGGAUUAUGAGCUGGUCGCUCAAAAUGUGGGCGUGGUCACAGUUUCGCAUUUCUCCCGCGUCCUGCACUUUAUAAAGAUUCCCUUGUCCGAAUCGGAUUUUCUGCUGCUCCUCAAGCGUUAUAUGAAAGAUGGCUAUCUGGUCAACUAUGUGGCCUUUCUCAAGCACAUUGACAACAUCAUGGAUUAUCUAAAAUCCCACAAUCUUUUGGACAACUCUGGAGACAUUAUUUCCGACUUUCCGGGUCGUCUCGUUGAUUUGGAACUAUCACAAUUGCCACCUGUUAAUGGCUGUCAAAUGAUACAGCCAAUCUUUCCAGAUGCCUGCAAUCAUCCGAAUCUGAAUCGUGGACAAUGCGAAGUUGUUCAUUGCAUCCAGCAAUAUAUCUAUAAGAAUCGUGUGCGCACUUGUGAAUUUCUGGAGAAGUUCGAUCCGUUGCAGGUGGGCAGUAUUACCAAGAAUCAGUUUGAGCGUGGUUUAUCCAACAUGGGCGUGGGCAAGUAUAUCUCCCAGCGGGAGUUUGGUCUAUUAACGGAUCGCUAUUUGGAUCCACUGGACACCAAUCGCAUACGUUGGAAAAACUUUGUGGAUGAAAUCGAUACGGUGUUUACAAUCAAGAAUCUGGACAAGAUGCCACAGUGUGUGGUUGAGUCGCCGCUUGUCCACAUCAAGGAGCUGCCUCGACCGGGCACACUCGACUGGCAUGCAGCUCCACAGGAUAUUAGGGAUCUCUGCGAGGAUGCGAUGUCCAAGAUACGACUACGCAUUCGCAAUCGACGCCUUUAUCUGCAUCCCUUUUUCCGCAACUACGACAAACUGCACAGUGGCCAUGUCAAUUGUCACCAGGCCAAUCAAAUCUUUCGCAUUAAUGGCAUACUGCUGUCGAAUCCAGAGCUGGAUGCGGUGCUGCAUCGUUAUGGCAAUGAGCUUGGAUUCUACUACACCAAGUUCCUGGAUGAUGUGGAUCCGGCAGAGUACGCUAUGCCCACCAUGUCUGGGAAGCAAGCCCUGCAGGAAUGCCCUCAAUUCGCGCGCGAAAAGGUCGAGAAAGAGAUGGACAGCGAGGAGACCAUCACACGCAUCCUCACCAGCGCCAAGCGACAGGCUGUUACCAAGGGUGUCUCCUGCAACGAUUUCCUCGCCGACUACGAUCGCCAUCGUGAGGGCGAGAUACUCGAGAGCGACUUUAAGCGUGCUCUGGACAAUGCUAUGAUAAUACUCAGCGAGGAGGACGCCAGUACAUUGGCUAAUAUCUUUCGUUCGCCAAAUCGCGCUGCCUGCGUGCGUUAUCGUGACUUUUGCAAGGCCCUGGACGAGAUCUUUAUACAAUUCAAUACGAAUAUGGGUGACAAUGUGGUUACAGCGGUGCCAUUGUUGCAUCUGCCCAAUCUGGACUGUGUGGAUUGUUUCCUCAACUUUGAUGAGCGCACACUCUGCUCGCAGGCUCUAAUGAAGCUGGCUCGUAAGCCCGACGAGAUCUCCAAUCUUAGCCAGAUAUUUAAGGACUUUGAUCGGCAAAAUUGUGGUUCCGUUAGUCAAAAUCAAUUUCUACGUGCCAUUACACUGCGAGAAAUGCACAAUAUGUUAAGUAGACGUGAAUUGGAUGCAGUUGCCAAAUGUUUUGGUGUGAAGCGUGGACUCUGUCUGGAGAUUAACUAUCGUGAGUUUCUCAAUAUUCUAGAUGUGCUCUACGCCACCGGGCAGAUCAAACGCAACUAUUAGUAAAUGUUGAAAUGUUCAAAAUGUCAAAAAACGUGCUCAAAUUUACUGUAAAGUGUGUACAACUUACUUUUGGAAACAAUUCACAAAUACAAUUAAUGAAUAC